AAACGACCCCGUGUGUACCCUUGCGGCUCGCGGUCUUCAUUCGGGUCAUAGCGCAGUACAGUUGAGAUCUCCCCCCGUUGCCGUCUCCGAUGCGCGUUCAGUCCGCGGCCAGUGCUCAGGCCUUGCUGCAGGACAACGCCAACUGCGUAGCCCACGUACUGCAGAGCAACUACUUCAGUCGCACGGCCUCACCUUCGGUCUCUGCCAGUUGGGAGCGUGCAGCCUCGCGCCCGCCUAUCAAUGUCAGCCCUUACGUCCACACGCGCGACAGCGGCGGUCGCCGUCGCUCCACGGCUGCGAGCUGCCAGGCCGUCAUCGGUACACUGCAGGACGCCAUGCGCGCACUGCACGCCGACGACACCAGCAGCUUCCGCCGCGUCGAGAGCGAGCUUUUCACUGCGGACCUUCUUCUUGACGCUCGCGUGCUUGACUCCCUUGUGCCACGCACCAAAGAAACGCCGUACCGCUACGUCGGACUUAAACACGUCAAAUACCGGUCCCUCCUCGACGAACGCCACGCCGAAGAAUUCCUACUCAUGGAAACAGUUGGACGCGGCGUGCACCCCGUUUCGGGCAACAAGUUCGUCUUUAAGAUGCUGCGCUCCGUGGACGUCCCCGAACGAGAGUUCGAGAUGAGGAGUGCCAAUAGUCACCACGCGCAACUACAGGUACAUCGCGGCGCCAUCCACGCGAUGCUGCUGGUACUGGCCGAGACCAGUCAUCGUGGGAUCCUCAAGAUGCAGUUGUGGCUGGACGUUGAACUGACCAAGUGCGCCGAGCCUUUUUACGGCGCGUUCUCCAGUCUGCACGACGCCUACAGUUUGUCGAUCCGGUAUCGACAGCUGGUUGAGAACUACGCCGCUACAAGCGGAGACGCGGCUAUCGCCGCGUCAACUAAAACGUCUCGGUUUGGUCUCCUCACGUCGCGGUCGAACCGCGAACGCAAAUGCCAGACCUGUCAGCGUGCUCUUGGGUUCUUCUCCAGGAAGAAGAAACACCUGUGUAAUGUGUGUGGAAUCUUUGUGUGCUCUUCGUGUUUGUCCACUACGUCGUUCCAGAGCUGGAAGCUCUGCGGCUUGUGCUACCAGCGCAACAAGCGCCUGGUCAACCGGACGCGUGUGUCCAAGAUGUCUUCGCUUGCGUCUGGUCUGGGAGGGACUUUGCAAUACAUUACGCGUAUUGGACGUAGCUACAGCAGACAGAGGGACUCGAUAUUAUUCGCGACGGCCGAGGCUGCCGGUGAGCUGCCUCCGAACCCAAUGCAGGACACUAAGCAACGGCCGAACGAGCGCUUCGCAACACGCGAAACGGUGCGGAGACGCCGUAUCGAGGACGACGAGAUGCUGUUUGACCACGACACCAAGCCGCUCGCCAGGAGUGUUAUCGGUGUUCGUCGUGCUGUGCGUAGCAGUGGGAACAUGGAGCCCCAUCCAGAUUUCGGCGCGACGGUGGGCGUCGGCCGGCCGCUGCCUGCUCGUACCAAUCUGAGUAUGAGUCAAGGACCUGGUGGGCGGAAGAACAGCUUUAGCCACUCAUUGUUGCACAGAGGCAAAGGCUCGUACGAUCCGAACGAGGACAUGACCAGAGAGCUUAGUGCGUCGUUCUUUGACGGCACGAAUGGGUCAUUUCGUACUAGCGAGCUAAGCAACAGCCGCGUCCAGAUCAGCAGAAGACAAGAGCGGAAGCCCCAAUAG